CAUCUUCUGUUCACAUUGAAGGUGAUGGAGGGCUCAAAUGAUUUAAAGAAUUACCUAUCACGGUUCGUGUGAUCACGUGUUCUUGAAAAAACGUCAAUCAAGUGCCAGGGGUUUCAACGUCGUCUUCAAAGCUUGUCUUUGGCAAUAGCUGGUCUCGAGGAAGGAAGAAAACGAGAAUCAGCGUAUAAAAUGGGAAUGACGAGAGGCCAUUCUGUCGCUGCCAUUUCUAUUGGUAUUCUGCAGUUGUGUUUUUCCGUUGCUUUGAUCAUUCCCUCUUUCGUUCUUUCGAGCUAUGGCCACGGCGUCAACACAUCCUCAACGCCAUAUUGGUGUGGGUUCCCGUUCUUUCUCUGUGGAAUUUUUGGCAUUUGUGGAGGUGUUACCAAGAACCAUUGUUGUAUGAUUACAUUUUUGGUCUUCAGCAUUAUUGUGACAGUCAUUUCUGCAUCAGCAUCGCUUAUUGUCACUUUAGCUCUGUCCUACUGGGAUGUUACAGUUGAUCUUUCUGACUGUACCACUGUUGGAGACUCUUGUGUUUGUCCAGGUGACCAAAUUUAUGGAGGUAUGUUAGACUCUACUAUUUAAUUACAUUUAUUUUGUAAUGGUGUAAUUUUUCAUUUCUCCUAUAUCUUUGAAUGUUUCAGUAAUUCAAAACAAAAUCUAGCUUUUCUGAAAUUCUGCAUCCUGUCCUAAAAUCAGAGGUGCUUUGUUAAUGUCACUAUUAUUAUAAUAUUGGUGGAAAUUUGCACUAUUGGUGUCUCAAAGUGGUAAUUAAUCAAAUUGUAUUGUGAUCUGUCCAUAUUUAAUGAUGAUCAAGAAAAUUUUGCACUGUUGAUCAUUCUCUAAAUUGCAGUAGGCCACUUCUGAGUUCUCACAGUUCAGUGAUCUGGUACCAAAAUUACAGUGUGAGGUCAAGGCUAAGUGCAAAGUAUAAGGAAUACAGUGGCAUGGUUAAGAAAAUGAGCAAAAAUUUCUCAAAAUUCAAUGUGGGAGAGUGAAAAAUUUUUUGUGAGAGAGGUA